AUGCUGGCUCAAAUACCAUACGUUUCAUCAAAAUCAGAGUCGAUCUGCCGAACCAUUGCUAAGUCAGCAGGCAAAGAACCUAAUGAGACCGCCUUGGCUGCCGAGGUUGCUGCCUUGACGACUCAAUAUGCUCAGAUGGUCCUACAUUCUUCAUCGGAUAGUUUCAAGAGAGAACACGCAAAGGACGUAGAGGAUGCCUUUACUAAGGGCUUGAGUGACAAGAAGCCAGGUGUCAGGAAGAUUUGGACCUUAAGUGCUGGGGAUGUUUUAUGGAAGGUAGCGGGCGGUAGCCUUCACGCAUCAGAACAGGCCCUCAAAGUCCCCCCAACCGUUGUCUACUUUGUGGAGAGUAUAGCCCCGAAGCUGUUGCAGAUCUUCGAUGAGGUCGCGCAAAGCCCUAUUGUCGCAGGGCCACUGGCCGUAGCUGCUUUCACAACUACCGCCUUAUGCCCAAUCAUGUUACGAAUCAUUGGGAGUGAGGCCAUCAGGAACUCAUUACGCAAAGCUAAGGUCUACGACCGGGCUCUUUCUCAAGCAUCUUUCCUCCUCAACCAACGAGUGUAUACAAAGCUGUCAAGCCACGAAGAUCUUUCGUGGGUAAUUCGCGCUUUGGUGGCUUGCUCGAAUGAACUUGAAAAGGUACCUGCGGAUACAAAGGAUGCCUGGACACAGACUUUUCUGUAUCUCAUCGCGGCAGCUGGCAUUCCUACUGCGAGGAACGAAGCAAUGACUGCCCUGACCGAUGUCUGGUCACAACGGAGUAGAUUGAUCUCGCAGAUGGUAAUUCAGGGGCUUUGGAGCUGGCAACGGCAAACGGAGCUAUCAGAGAAGGAUAACGCGGCGGUUUUAGCAAAGAACGGCACUUCCCUGUUAUUCCUAGCAGUACGGUCUAUUUGCCCCCUGAAGAAAGAUACAAAGCUGCAAGAUUAUGAUUCAAUGAAGACUCAACUUAUCAAUAUGCUUGUCCUUUGUCGUCCAGAGAUACUGCCGCAAGUACAUUGGAUUGACACGUGCUUGAGAGUGGGCCAGGAUCCAGGCACCAUUGCCCGCACCGAAGCCACGAAAUGCUUGCAAAUGGUUGACCGCUGUUUGACACCUAUUGGAGGUCCUGCACCCUCUCCCACGGUUAAGCUAGCAGCCUACAACACUGCUGCCGAAUUGGCAUUCGUGGCUCCUGAAACAAUCACUCCAGCUCUUAUUGGCAUAAUCAAUGGCUACCUACCCACCGACGAGCUGGAACAGUGUGGUCCGACAGAGAUUGCAAUAGCUCGAACACGGGAAGGGACCGCUUUUGUGGACGUUCUUAGCCCCAAAGCCCAAAGCUAUGCUUUCGACAAAAACAUAAAAGACUACGAUACAAUGAAAUGGGAGGACGAAAUACGAAGUCAAGUUGCACAGAAAAGAGGCCAAGACCGCAAGCUCACGCCAGAAGAGAAGGCCAAAGUCCAGGCUCAACUAACGAAAGAGGCUGCCAUAAGAACAGAUGUACAUAAAUUGGAGUCAAGACUUCGGAAUGGAAUUGGGAUUGUACGCGCACUUGCCAUUGGGCCGCCAAUUGACCCGGGACUGUGGUUGAGCCAAGCUUUGCAAGCUUUAGUCAAUGUCAUCGCUGCUGGCGCAGGUCGUCUAGUAGGCCCCGCUGCAGACGAGACUUAUCUGGAGUGCUCUCGCUUCGUGUCCUCCAGACUUGGGUCUCUGAGGCCAUUCAUCGGGAUUGCAACGCUUCGAGCACUAGGAUCGUCUACCCUUCCGAAGGAGCUUGUGGUAGAACCUUUAGGAGAUCUUGUUACCAGGUUGCUGUACCGCCUUCGCUUUGCGAGCGAGCAACGCCCCUUUGACAGCAUGUCUCUGGUCUACGUGUUGCCAUUGAUCUUUGCUGUACUCCAACAGAGCGGCAUUGCUCGCACAGCAUGGGAUGAAGCCGAUGAACAGAUCACACUAGCAUUGGAAAUCCUGUCGUUCCAUGCAGAUGCGUUCACAGACAGGCAGCUUCCGCGUGACCAACUUCUGAGUCUUUUAAUCCAGUCAAUGCAGCGGUUCUCACAACAUUACAAAAUCAUCAAAGACACUUUAUCGGAUGUAUGCCGAGCGGUUUCAGAGAACGCCACCCCAGAAGAUGUCGCAAUCCUGCUAAAAGGGGGUGUAGUGCCCCAAAUCUCAGUCAGAACUGCGGUCUUACAAGCCAUUAGAGAUCAUAUCGAUCUGACUGAAGCUGACUACUAUGACGAGAUCUGGUUGGCAUGCCACGAUGAUUUGGAUGAAAAUGUCGAGCUUGGCCACCUUAUCUGGCAAGAGAAUGGACUAGAAGCGGAACCAGAACACGUGUUCAAAAUGGUACCUUAUCUCGCUAGUCAGGAUCAACAGCAACGACGCGCCGCAUCACGAGCAUUGGCAGGGGCUGUUGGCCAGGACCACAGCACAUUUGGUCGAGUUGUAGACCAGCUGGAGGACCAAUAUCGCGAAUUGGCUAAACCGCCAUUACCAGAACGGGAUGCAUUCGGAAUGCCAAAGAAGAGCAAUCUUUCUGAUCCAUGGGAGAACCGGAGUGGUAUUGCGCUCUCAUUCAGGGCGUUGGCCCCAAAUUUUGUCAAUUUGGUUCCGUUUGUCGAUUUCUUGAUCCAGGAUCGCGCGGUUGGCGACCAAAAUGCGACGGUAAGGGACGAGAUGAUCGAGGCAGCGACAACAAUAAUUGGAUUACAUGGAGCUGCUCAAGUAGAAGAGCUCAUGCGAAAAUUCGAACUAGCCCUCGAUGAAUCUGAUGCAAAUCCUGACUCGUCUGACCUCGUGAGUGAGGCUGUGGUCAUCCUGUACGGUGCGCUUGCUCGCCAUCUUCGGAAUGGUGACGAUCGAGUACCCAAAGUUGUGCAACGGCUUCUUACCACACUCAAGACACCAUCAGAGACCGUUCAGUAUGCUGUUGCUGGCUGUCUUCCGGCAUUGGUGCAAACAUCUAACCACAAAACCUCGGAAUACAUCCAGUCUGCGCUAGACCAGUUAUUACAGUCCAAGAAAUACGCUGCACGGAGGGGUGGUGCAUACGGUCUUGCAGGGAUAGUGAAAGGCAAAGGGGUCUCUUCUCUACGCGAAUUUCGGAUCAUGUCUACGCUUAAUGUUGCCAUCGACAACAAGAAGGACCAGAACCAUCGACAAGGCGCACUGUUCGCGUAUGAGCUUCUGGCUUUGGUCCUUGGCCGGACUUUCGAACCAUACAUCAUUCAGAUCGUCCCACAGCUACUCGCCAGUUUUGGCGACACCACUGCUGAUGUACGUGAAGCCUGUUUGGAUACCUCGAAAACCUGCUUUGCGAAUCUCAGCUCGUAUGGAGUCAAAAUCGUUCUCCCAACGCUACUGGAAGGACUUGAAGAGUCGCAAUGGAGAAGCAAGAAAGGUGCCUGUGACUUGCUAGGCGCCAUGGCGUAUCUCGAUCCGCAACAAUUGGCCCUGAGUCUCCCAGAGAUUAUACCACCUUUGACUGGCGUUUUGAGUGACAGCCACAAGGAAGUCAGGUUGUCGGCCAAUAGGAGUCUACAACGGUUCGGCGAGGUCAUUAGUAAUCCAGAAGUCAAGGGACUGGUCAACAUCCUGCUCAAGGCGUUAAGUGAUCCUACCAAGCAUACCGACGAAGCACUAGACGCCCUCAUCAAGGUCUCAUUCAUACAUUACCUCGACUCGCCCUCUUUGGCUCUUAUUGUUCGUAUACUCGAAAGGGGUCUGGGAGACAGAUCCGCUACUAAGCGAAAGUCAGCACAAAUCAUUGGGAGCUUAGCACAUUUGACUGAGCGAAAGGAUGUCACGCCCCACCUUCCCAUUCUUGUCGCUGGCUUGAAGCUCGCAGUAGUUGAUCCAGUCCCCGCUACGCGCGCCACCGCUUCCAAAGCGCUAGGGUCUUUAGUGGAGAAACUUGGCGAAGAUUCGCUACCCGACUUGAUCCCCAGUCUUAUGUCUACGUUGAAGUCUGACACAGGUGCUGGAGACAGAUUGGGCUCCGCUCAAGCACUAAGUGAAGUUCUUGCUGGUCUUGGCACAGGGCGACUCGAAGAGACCUUACCAACAAUCCUCCAAAAUGUUGCCAGCGCAAAACCUACAGUACGGGAAGGCUUCAUGUCCUUAUUCAUCUACUUGCCAGCUUGCUUCGGGAACAGCUUUGCUUCUUACUUGAGCAAGAUCAUUCCUCCCAUCCUGUCCGGCUUGGCAGAUGAAAUUGAAUCGAUCAGAGAGACAUCCCUUAGAGCAGGCAGACUGCUCGUCAAGAACUUUGCCACCAAAGCUAUUGACCUCCUCCUCCCUGAGCUUGAUCGAGGGCUUGCAGACGAUAGUUAUCGCAUACGCCUGAGUUCCGUUGAAUUAGUCGGUGACCUCCUCUUCAAUUUGACCGGCAUAACUGGCAAGACGGAACAAGAUGAAGAAGAGGAAGGUGCUGCAGAAGCUGGGCAGUCUCUGCUUGAAGUCCUUGGGGAAGACAAGCGGAACAAGAUCCUCUCAUCUCUCUACAUUUGCCGCUGCGACACUUCAGGUCUGGUUCGAACUGCUGCUAUCAACGUCUGGAAGGCCCUUGUUGCAACUCCUCGGACUCUCAAGGAGCUUAUUCCAACACUUACGCCACUCCUCAUCCGACGUCUUGCAAGUUCAAAUAUGGAGCAGAAGGUCAUUGCCGGCAACGCUUUAGGUGAACUUAUCAGAAAGGCCGGAGAGGGGGUCUUAGCAAGUUUACUUCCUACGCUCGAGGAAGGCCUCCAAACAUCCAACGAUACGGACAGCAAGCAAGGAAUCUGCAUAGCACUCAAGGAAAUCAUCUCUUCUGCUUCCGAAGAAGCGCUUGAAGAGUAUGAGAAGACUCUGAUAUCUGUGGUGCGCGUUGCGCUUGUGGAUUCUGACAAUGAGGUGCGAGAAGCAGCCGCAGAAGCAUUCGAUUCGUUGCAAAGGAUACUUGGAAAGAGGGCUGUCGACCAGGUCCUACCAUACCUCCUGAAUCUGCUCCGCACAGAGGGCGAGGCCGACACUGCCCUCUCCGCAUUGUUGACUCUGCUCACGGAUAACACCCGAUCAAAUAUAAUUCUACCAAAUCUAGUACCAACGCUACUGGUCUCGCCGAUCUCUUCAUUUAAUGCAAAGGCAAUAGCUUCCCUUUCGGAAGUUGCCGGGUCAGCCAUGACAAGAAGAUUACCUGCUAUCCUAAAUGCUCUAAUGGAUAACAUUAUCGUCUGCAAGGACGAUGCACUACGAUCUGAGCUCGGAGAUUCAUUCGAUUCUAUCUUAAUAUCGAUGGAUGAAUACGACGGGCUGAAUACUGCAAUGAGCGUGCUGCUUGCAUUGGCCAAGAACAAUGAUCACCGCAAACGUGCAAGCGUCAAUGUCCGACUGAGCAACUUCUUUGCCAAGUCUGACAUCGAUUUCUCCCGCUACCACCAAGAUCUCAUCCGCGUCCUGCUCAUAUCUUUCGACGACUCAGACACAGAGGUUAUCAAGGCGGCUUGGCUUGCCCUUUCAGAGCUUACAAAGCGCCUCAAAAAGGAAGAGAUGGAGGCUCUGGUUUUCUCAACACACCAAAUUCUACAACAAGUGGGAGUGCCUGGUCAUAAUUUACCUGGCUUCUUGCUGCCAAAAGGCAUCAAUGCGAUCCUUCCAAUCUUCUUACAGGGUCUCAUGAAUGGUACCGCCGACCAGCGUACCCACGCAGCCUUGGCUAUCUCGGAUAUAAUCGAUCGUACAAACGCUGACUCGCUCAAGCCAUUUGUCACGCAGAUAACAGGACCGCUUAUUAGGGUGGUUUCGGAGCGCUCGGUUGAUGUCAAAGCUGCUAUUUUGCUAACAUUGAACAAUCUCUUGGAGAAGAUUCCGACUUUCUUGAAGCCCUUCUUGCCACAGCUUCAACGCACUUUCGCCAAAUCUUUGGCUGAUACCUCCAGCGAGGUGCUCAGAUCGAGAGCGGCAAAAGCACUCGGAACCCUUAUCACAAUGACACCUCGCAUCGAUCCGUUGAUCGCAGAGCUAGUGACUGGCUCUAAGACACAAGACCCAGGCGUACAGAAUGCGAUGCUCAAAGCGUUGUAUGAGGUCGUCAGCAAAGCCGGAGCCAUUAUGAGCGAGGCUUCCCGCAGUUCGAUCCUGGGACUCAUCGAUGGUGAUACAAGCCACGCUGAUGAUUCGAUGAUCAUCACCCAUGCAAGGCUAUUUGGAGCUCUUGUCAAGAGCCUUCCAGUGACAUUCGACGCCUCUAGUCUAAUCAAGACGCGUGUGCUGAGUAUUCACAUGAGCAAUGCCACAGCGUUGAAUCUCAACUCGGUACUUCUUGAAUCGCCCGCCACACUGACUGAGGACUUCCCUUCAGAAACUCCCAAUAUCGUCUGCCAUGGUAUUCGAAGCAAAAACACUUUCAUCUCCGAUAAUUGCGUCCUCGCCGCAGGAAAGUACCUGCUUACGCUAAGGAGAGUUUCUAACCUCGAAUCAAGCAAAGCUGUUAUCGAAGCUCUAGCUGCAGCCAUUGCACCCGGAGGCCCAGUUGACACUCGACGCCUAUCUCUUGUUGUCAUUCGUACAGUUAGCCGUACGAACUACGAUCUCAUGAGCCCAAGCCUUCCAGUCCUCGCACCCCCAAUAUUUGCCAGCGUCCGCGAUCCAGUGAUCCCGGUCAAGCUAGCUGCCGAGGCUGCUUUCCUAUCAAUAUUUUCGGUCGUGGAGAGCGAAACCACAGUGUUCGACAAAUAUAUGGCAGAUGUUGGGGUAGGAAUGAACCCUACGACGAAGAGGAGUAUGACCGACUAUUUCAAAAGAGUGGCAGUAAGACUAGGUACGCAAGCAAGGGAACGGAAAGAGGCCGAGGGUGGUCAAGGUGGACUGGGACUGUCUAAUGACGAACGAGAAGAUGAAAGAGAGAUAUGGAGUGUGGGAAAGGUGGACCUUGGGGAGAAGACCUUCAGCGAUGACUGA